GAAAUUUCAAAUAACAGGAAACCAAGACCGGGCAAGGCAGCAGCUCCACCCUGCCCCGGGGCCAGCCACCCUGGGCCUCAGUCUGCCCUGGGGGACUGCAAUGAAUGCUACCGGGUCCCCAGCGAAGGCUUCUGACGCCUGCUGGCAGCUGGCGGCCAGUGGGCACAGCCAGCUCAUCAUCCUGCACUACAACCACUCCGGCCGGCUGGUGGGGCGGGCCACGCCAGAGGAUGGGGGCCUGGGGGUCCUGCACGGGCUCUUCGUGGCCAUGAGCUGUCUGGUGGUGCUGGAGAACCUGCUGGUGCUGAUGGCCAUCGUGACCCACAUGCGGUCCCGGCGUUGGGUCUACUACUGCCUAGUCAACAUCACGCUGAGUGAUCUGCUCACCGGCUUGGCCUACCUGGUCAACGUCCUGCUGUCCGGGGCCCGCACCUUCCACCUGGCCCCGGCCCACUGGUUCCUGCGGGAGGGCGUGCUCUUCAUGGCCCUGGCGGCGUCCACCUUCAGCCUGCUCUUCACCGCCGGCGAGCGCUUCGCCACCAUGGUGCGGCCGGUGGCCGAGAGCGGGUACACCAAGAGGGGCCGCGUCCUGGGCUUCAUCGGGCUGUGCUGGCUGCUGGCCGCCCUGCUGGGCCUGCUGCCCCUGCUGGGUUGGAACUGCGUGUGCUCCUUCCAGAGCUGCUCCAGCCUGCUCCCGCUCUACUCCAAGGCCUACAUCCUCUUCUGCGUGGUCAUCUUUGCCGGCAUCCUGGCCACCAUCAUGGUGCUCUACGGGGCCAUCUUCCGGGUGGUGCGGGCCACUGGGCAGAAGGCCUCGCGCCCCCCGUGCCGCCGCAAGGCCCGCCGGCUGCUCAACACGGUGCUCAUGAUCCUGGUGGCUUUCGUGGUCUGCUGGGGCCCCCUCUUCGGUCUGCUGCUGGCCGACAUCUUUGGCUCCAACAUCUGGGCGCAGGAGUACCUGAGGGGCAUGGACUGGAUCCUGGCGCUGGCUGUGCUGAACUCGGCGGUCAACCCGCUCAUCUACUCCUUCCGCAGCCGGGAGGUGUGCCGGGCCGUGCUGGGCUUCCUCUGCUGCGGGUGUCUCCGGCUGGGCCUGCGAGGGCCUGGGGACUGCCUGGCCCGGGCCCUGGAGGCCCUUUCUGGAGGCACUCCUGACUCCUCAGGCCUAGGACCUCCCUGGAGAGGCCUGCAGAACGGCUGGAAGAAAGGGAAGAAGAAGAAUGGCUAG